AUGGUUGACCCCCCAGACUUAUAUGGCAAAAAAUCAUGCGUGGACCCGAGCGAACUGAGGCAAGCGUCGUCUCUACAAGACGAGGCCGCGGCCGAGGAGAUGCCGCCAUCCUCUUCUUUCUCUUACGCUGCAGCGCACACUCCUAGAGCCAGCGCCGGCCGCGCCGAGGGCGCAGAGGACACCAAACUACAACUGGUCGACAAUGACGUUGACCUCGAGCGCCGAUCUUCGCACCGCGACCGAUUCCUGAGCGACGCUGAGCGUGUCGUGGCCAUGGACCCGCGCAAGACCCGCGAAUCCUUCGCCGAAGUCGAUCACCGAGAGGACCAAUGGGCCUGGCACGAGAAGCCCGUGGCUACCAUCCUGGAGGGUUUUGGAGUGGACGCCAAGCUCGGCCUGGACAGUGAGGACGCGCGCAAGCGUCUGGUCGAGAACGGCCCCAAUUCUCUGAAGGCAGAGAAGAGAGCACCCGUGUACAUCAUCUUCCUACUGCAGUUCACCAACGUGAUCAUCGGUCUGCUGAUGGCUGCGGCCCUGGCCUCCAUCGCUCUGCAAGAGUACGUGGAAGGUCUGGCCAUCAUCGCCAUCGUGACGCUGAACGCCGUCAUCGCUACAGUCCAAGAACGCAACGCCAGCAACGCGCUCGAGGCGUUGCAGAAGAUGACGUCUCCUCAGUGCGUCGUGCUACGUGACGGCGGCCGUCAAGUCCAGAUCCCGAGCGAGCAGCUGGUCACUGGCGACAUUGUUGUGCUGACGACUGGAGACAUUGUGCCGGCCGACAUCCGCCUCCUCCACAGCUCGGACUUCAAGGUCAAUGAGAUGAUCUUGACGGGCGAGUCCGAAGACGUGCUCAAGAAAUACGACGCCGACAUGAGUCGCAGCGAGAAGCUGACGGCUGACAACAUGGUGUUCGCCUCUACUUCAGUGGCAACGGGCAACGCCACUGGAGUUGUCUUGGAAACAGGCAUGAAGACCCGUGUGGGGUCCAUUGCUGCUCUACUACAGGGAGGUGGUGCGGACGGCUCGAAGCGCCCCAAUUGGUGGCGUCGCUUUGUGGACAAGUACUACCCCAAGAUGACUCCUCUACAGGAAAGUCUGCACAAGCUGGGCGUGUUUAUGGGCACCGUCGUGCUGGGAGUGUGUGUGAUUGUCUUCAUUGUCGGCAUGGUCCGCGGCAACGCGGACCCCAAGAACCCGGAGCGGUCUGUCACACUUUAUGUGGUGAUGAUCGCCGUCUCCUUGGCUGUUAGUGCUGUACCCGAGGGUCUUCCAAUGGUGGUGACGAUCUGUUUGUCCACCGGCACGGCCGACAUGGUGAAGAAGAACGUCCUUGUCCGGAAACUGGCUGCUGUUGAGUCUCUGGGUGCCAGCUCAGUCAUUUGCACGGACAAGACCGGAACGCUGACUGAGGGCAAGAUGACGGCCGUCAAGAUGUGGAGCGACUCAGUCGUGUACGACAUCACGGGCACGGGCUUCAACCCGACCGGUGACAUACUCCACAACGGUGUGAGCCAGAUCAAGGCUCCGUCCGUGUCAAUCCCAGUGCGCACCACGUUGUUGUCAGCAGUGCUUUGCAGUAACACGAGUUUGCAGCAGGAGGAAAGCGACACCGGUGCACCAAUGUGGGUGCCCAUGGGGAAUUCGUCUGAAGCGCCACUGGUUGUUGCUGCCGCUAAAGCAGGCAUCUGGCGUGAAGAAGCCAUGAAGACACACCCGAGAGUCGCCGAAGUCCCGUUCUCGUCCACACGGAAGAUGAUGAUUACAGUCAACGAGCUUCCGGCCGGUGAGCCCCGCUUGGAUAUGCUCCAGCUCCCUGCCAAAACGAUGAUGGUCGCGAAUGUGAAGGGUGCUCCCAACUACAUUGCCAAGAACUGCACGCAGCUGCUACGCAAGGAUGGAGCUGUCACGCCGAUGCACGAUCGUGACCGUAAUACCAUUUUGGAGGCCGUUGAUGCCCUGUCGUCGCAAGCCCUUCGAGUCCUUGCAGUUGCUAUUCGCCCACUGGAUAGGAUGCCCUUCUCAGACGACGAGGAAGAUGUCGAAGCCAAGUUCGAGGCCCUCUGUGCACCUCUGAUCUUCGUCGGCCUCGUCGCCUCCAUUGAUCCUCCGCGAGAGGGGGUGAAGAACGCGAUUCAUACGGCUCGUGAGGCUUCGAUCCGGACUGUUAUGAUCACUGGUGACUACCUCAAGACGGCGGUGGCUAUCGCUCGUGAUAUCGACCUGCUUCCUGACGGCGCUGAUGCCGACUCUCAAGCAGUGGACUGUGGUGUGCUGCGUCCGCGUCAAAACCAGUAUCUGUCUGAUGCUGAGCUGGAUGAAAUCACGAGUCAAGUCUCCGUGUUUGCCCGUGCGAAACCCGAAGACAAGAUCGAGAUCGUUAAGUCUCUGCAGCGUCAAGGUCACGUGGCGGCCAUGACUGGCGACGGUGUCAACGAUGCACCAGCGUUGAAGGAAGCCGACAUCGGUGUGGCCAUGGGAAUCGCAGGUACCGCUGUCGCCAAGGGAGCUUCAGAUAUGAUCCUGACCGACGAUAACUUCUGCAGUAUCGUGUCCGCUGUCGAGAAAGGCCGCGAGAUUUAUGGCAACAUCCAACGCUUCGUGUGUUUCCUGUUGUCGACCAACUUUGGCGAAAUCACGCUCAUUUUCACGGCUAUAGCCGCCGGUAUGCCGAAUCCUUUGGAGCCACUCCAGAUCCUAGUGCUUAACCUGUUCGCCGAUGGUAUGGCUGCGGUGGCACUCAGUCUGGAGAAGGGCGAUGGUACAGUCAUGUCGGAGCGUCCGCGUCCUCGUUCGGAGCGCAUCAUUUUCGGCCGACUUUGGGUCAUUGUGCUGUCGAACGCCUUCUUGAUCGCUUUUGGAGCUCUGCUUGUGUUCACGUGCGGUCUCUACUGGAACUUUGAGAACGUUUUCCUCGAUGACAUCACCGCCGACAUCGACACGGACAAGGGCGAAGAGGCGUACAGGAAUGUGGUGUGCUCUCGCUGGAUGGGGCUGGGCAACGAGCGCCAGGCGUACAGCAACUGUGGAGCACGCUCACUUGACGGCACGUACCUGUUCGACGAGAGCAUCCGAUCGCUGGACUUCUACGAGAGCGACAAGUUGCUGUGCUAUGGUGGCGACUACGAGUGCGUGUCGGAAGGAACGUCACGCUCUCAGACGAUGGCUUUCGUCUACAUCACGACGAUGGAGAUGUUACGUGCCUACACAGCUCGCAGCUUUACGAAGUCUGUUUUCAAGGACAUGUUCACUAACAAGUGGAUGCAGAUGGCGGCUGUGGGCUCGUUGGCAUUGACGCUGUCCGUCACGAAGAUUCCCGUCAUCAGUGACGAUCUCUUCGGCUUCUCGCACAUUGAAUGGUACGAAUGGAUGUUCUCGAUGGUCUUCGCACUGGUUAUGGUGGCUUUCGGUGAGACUAUGAAAUUUGCCUACCGCCGGCGCGACCGCAGCAAACUUCGCAAGGCUGCGGAGGACAAUUACGCCGGCAUGGUGGAGGAGAUUCGCACGCUGCGCAACCACAUUGAACAUCUCGAGACCAAGUGGGAAACGGAAAUGCACCAGCUCCGCAUCCGCGUGAACGACGACCCUCGUGCUGCUCUUUCUCCGGACGGAAAUUCGACUCUCACGUCUUCUUCGUCGUCUGGCUCGAGUGAGGAAAGAUCGCUCUCGAUGCCGCUCAAGUAG